AUUGCAUGAAAAAGAUAUAAAAUAAUAAUCAGCCAAUCAACAGACCACUCUAUCAAUAAGGAUACAAAGUUUAAGAUCAAGUUGUUCCAUAAGGAAUAGCCUUUUUUUAAGCAUCUGGUAAAAGGCAUUAUCCAGAUUUUUAAAGGGGAGAAUUAGAGUCUUACUAAGGAAUGCAACAUGUUUUUGAUCCUCCAAAAAGGUAAGAUGUUUAAUAGAUUUAAUUUAGAUUAGCUUAAGAUUAUGAUAGAUCAUUAAAUACAAAGGACAUUGAUGGAGCAGUUACAAAUACACUUCGUAGUAAAGUUGUAAAAAACAUGGAAUUAGCAUAAGCUUAUAAAUAAGAAAAGCAAAAAUCAUUAUGGGAAUAUGGUAGUAAACCAAGUGAUUUAGAUUCUUAAGCUUAUUAGCCUAGAAAGAAAUGGGAUGAUGAUGAUCCAUAUAAAAAUAGAAGUGCAAUAUACACAAAUAAUGAUGAUUCUAAAAGAAAAUUAGAUGAUUUAAGUGAUAAAUAACUUCAAAGCAUUUAAUAUCCUGGAUCUACUAAUUUUUAACCUAAUCAACAAUUUACUGAAUCUCAACAUUAAAAAUAAUUAUAUUCAUAAUCAUAUGAUGAUCCAAAUUUUAUUGCUAAAUAAAUGUUAAAUCAACAAUAAAUCAUGCAACUACAAAAUUCAUAAUCAUAACCAAAUCUAGUGGGUUAACCUCAAAUUACUUAACCUUCAAAUUUAUCUGAUUAAAAAUAUGAAUAACCUUCUCUUUAUUAAUACUAGAUAGAGGAUGAUAGAUAAAAGUAAUCAUAAUUAUUAAUGCAAAAAUAAUGGGAAUAAUAAAGAAUUGAAAAUCUUCAAAAAUUAUAAUAAUAAUAAAAUGAUAAAAUUAGAGAGCAAUAAAACCUUAAAAUAUAAUAGGAUUAAGACUACUAAAUUAUUUAAGAGUAAAGAUAAUAAUCAUUAAAUUAAAAAUAACAGUAUGCAAGAGAUUUGAGAUAAUAAUAAGAAGGUAACAAAGAAGGAACCUAUAGAAAAGGAUUUACACCUCCACCUGCAUCAAAAAGUGAAAUUAUAGGAACUCUCUUAUAGAAUCCAAAAAUGUAAAAAUCUUAAGGUUUUGAUGGAGAUGGCAAUAAUUUAAAUGUUAGAGAUUCUUUAUCAAAACAAAUUGAAGAAAAUGAAAAAAGAAUGAUCAUUAAUCGUUUUAGGCCACAUGAAUUGUAAUAAUACAUCUAUGAUAUGAAAAAUGGAAGAAUUGGUGGCAGCAAAACUAGAAACAAUCCAACUUUUAUGUCUUAUGCAGGACAGUAAUUAGUCAAUCAAUAACAAUGAUAAAAUUACAUUUUUUAUUUAAUUCAAAAAAAUAAUUUUAAACUACC